AGAUCCCGCCGCGGUCGUUCUUUUUUUUUUGCGACAAUAAGAAAGCGCGCAGUGUAUGUGCCAGGCAAUAACGGAUUUUAAGCUCGCUCUGUAGAGGAAUGUGUGACGUUGAAAUUAUGCCGUUGAGCCGCGCUCCCCCGGAUCGCGUAACUACACUCGCGCGCCGCCGAGCUGCUCCCGUAUAGGAAGCGGCGCCACAGCGACCAUUGGUUUUCAGGAUAAAAAAGCCAUACUUCGGGAACUGCGGUAUACUCGUUCGUACUAGUUCGCGGCCGUGUGACAUAAUGUCUACUCCGGAGAUCAUUGGCCCCGCCGCUGGUGCUACAACCCGGUCACAGGAGAACGAGGACUCGAAAAUCCUCUGUGAGCCGGUUCCUGACGAGGAGGAUGUGUCCACCGAAGUCCCCUCCCUGGUCCCCGACGAGGACGAGCUUCCGCCGCUGCGGCGACGCACCAGCGAGUUUUCGCGGUCGAUGUCCAAGGAUUUUCCGGCGGUCACCGUGCAUAUUUUACCGGAGAAAGCGCAGAUAUUUUCCCUCUUCGAGUGCCACGAGGUGUACACUAUGGGGCGGGACAUGCUAAACGAGCAGGCAGACAGAAGAGAUAAAAAACCGAGUUCAACAACAACAUCUGGGCGGUCAUCCUCGUCUUCCAAAGGCAUAAGAACAACUUUGCAGCAACUCGGGAAUUAUCCUGUGCAAAAGUAUCGUAUUCGUAUUGCAGUCAUGCAUUACAAAUCUUUUUCUUAGGGUAAAUCCGCAUUACAAAUUUUAUUUCUCAUGCUGAGGAAAUUUGUAAUGCAUUUAUACGAGUGCGAUACUUUUGGAGUUCAUAGAAAUCAGCUUUUAAGCCUGAGCAGGAGCGCCAUGGAGCACCGGAGUAAGCUUCGGAAUCUCUCUUAUCAAAUGUAAAAAUGUCUGGGUCUGGAAGAUUGCAACUUGUCAUGCUGAAUCUGGAUCAUGCAAAAAUUUGUGUUGCAUGAUUACCAAAAGAUGGCCACUUUUGACCAGUUUGGCAGCGAGUUUCUCAUGCAGAAUAGGCAUGAUAGACACCUCACAGCGUUUGUCAUGCUAGGUGCUGCAUUCCAGGCCCCAUGGGUCAUGGAAAAACUGCAUCACAAAUCUUGCAUUCUUCCAGACCCAGACAUUUUUACAGUUGAUAUCUCUAGUCCCGAUCAAAAGACCAGAGAUAGCGCAUCAAGCAGUACCGCCCUAAAUUCAAGUACUGUCCCCGAUGGACCCGGCUCCGGCACGACAAGCAGCAGUACGACCGCUACUACAGCUUCCACCUCGUUUCAGUUUCUGCACUACGCGCACUAUUUCCGGGCGCAUUUUCUCUCCUGUUCCGCGGUGUCCCACCCGUGCAAAACUAUCAUCACCGCGUUUCUGAUCCUCCUCUACACGGUCAUCGCCUACAUUCCGUUCGGCGUGGGGAAAAAGUUCGUGACCACGAUGACGCCCUACACGCUCCCCCCGAUGAUGGGAUCGCUGGACGCGCGGAUGUACGCAUUCUGCAAAUAUGUCUUGGUCGGGAAGAUGAGUGCGAUACUUGUCCUAUGCUGGUGUGGCAUGACGCUGCGCUCUGUAUUGCGUGGCCACGAUGAAGAGCUCCUCCCGUCUGUCAUGUAAGAACGCUGUUUCUCAUGCGGGCUACGCAAGAACACAGAGCCACGGAAAAACCUGUCUUGCUUCGCGGUGCAUUGCAGUGUGCUAUGCUAUUCGCUGACAUGCAUUACAACUUUCCAGGCCCGGACAUAUUUGCACUCGAUAGGAUGUGCCGGGUGCGGGCGGAGUUGCUGAAGAACGCCCACGGGACGGUGUUGGACUUCGGCGCGGGGUCCGGUGUGUACAUGAAGUACUGUUUUCCGAAAACGGAGAAAAACCAGUUCGGGCAGGACGGGAACAAGGCGAAUUUCGUCCACAAGUACAUCGCGCUCGAACCCAAUUUGGAAAUCGCCGCGCAGUUGAAGAGGCAGUCGGAGAAACUGAUCCGCGAGUGCGAGGAGCUCCUGGGGCCGCAACGAGCGGUGUCCAUGCCGGCGAAGGCGGUGUCCAGCAUCCCGCCGGCUGGAAAAAGACUCGGAGUUGUCGCAGACGAUAUUUCGACCGGGGUUGCGAAAGUGGACACCAUCACAUCAUCUUCACCACCAUCAGAGUUAGAAAGGGCAGCAGAAGGUGAAGGAGCGCAUCUUCAUGAGAAAAAUAAAUUUUCCAUUCCACCGCGCAAGAGCUCGGACCCGGAGCUGUUUGGAGGUUCAUUCGGAAGUCAUUUUUUACCCUCGAGAAGAACCCUGCUGUCCGAAACGGAAACUCCCUCGUCCCCUACCUCUUCCGCCUGUUCACCGAAGCUGCCCAACGCGACGGCGCUCCGCCGCACCAUCACCGAGAGCACCACGGCGAGCAGCACGGAUUUUUCGCUUCCGAAACUCCAGAAACCCCGGCCAAGCUCAUUCUCGGUUCAAACCGAGGAUUUGUUUCCUACAACGCACGAUGUCAGCGACGUAGAGGAGGAGGAGCCACUUUUGUUCCGGACGGAUAGCGUUUCCUCGUGGAAUAAAGUCACUAGUGGCCGGGGUGGCAGAAGUAGUCCACCCGCAGGAGCAGCUCCUGCAAGCCCGAUCCAAGAUCAGUACGGCAUUCAAAAAUCUAACAAUCCGAUGAAGCUCGAGCGGACGACGAGUGCUGUGAGUUCGUCGUCCACGACGAUUCGAAGACGCGUUUCCACAACGUCCAGCCGGGCGACGGCACCAGAAGACUACGCUCUGGACGACGAAAUGGUGGCCGGCGGCGUGGACGAGAAGGAGGACUUCUACCCGCGAAAAGAACAACAUCAGCUCGAUUUAUUUGAAAACAGCAACAAUGAUGAAAACGUGCAAAACGACAAGAAUUAUGAUCCGAGGGCGUACAAUAGGAGUAUGUUUGAGGAAAAUAAGAAUAUCAAAUCCAACUCCAACACCUUCACUACCUCCCUCGGCACCUUUCCGCGCCGGAGGAUGCUGAAACACAUCCCGGAGGUCGAAGUUGUCACGGAAUACCUGCAAGAGUACGCGAAGCGGAUCCCGGAGAACAGUAUCGACUACAUUUUACUGGGCAACGCGCUCUGCAUGGUAGACGACGUGGAGAAAAUUUUGCAAGAUUUGAAACGGUUGCUCAAACCGGAGACGGGCCGGAUUUUCUUCUCCGAGCACGUGGCGGCGCUCCCGCGGAACUCCUGGCGCCGGAAGCGCCAGGACUGGCUCAACCCGUGGUGGGCGCGGGUCAGCGACGGCUGCAACUGCAACCGGGACUCGCUGUCCAGCAUGGCAAGCGUGUUCGGGAAGGAUUUCGACCUCGUCAGUUUUGAGAUUGACAGCUGCGGUACGUGUCCCUGGAACGCUUUGUUUCAGGUAGGAUUGGGGCGGAAGAAGUAGAAAGGUCGUGUGUAGGAAAAACUUGUUUAUCCACAUGGAGUAAGUAGUAGAUGACAGUUUGUUGUAUAGUGCUGUAAAAAUCUUAGUCUACUCCGUGAAGGUCGUACCUACUACUAGGUCGUGCAGUUGUAGUUCCGCUCAUGACGGAGAUGUUGAUAUUAAGACUUUUUUGGAUUGCAGAUUGUAGGCCGUGUGGCCUCCGACGGGUCGUGCACGCGCUUACCUAAAUGCCAUCUUCAUAUUAGCACGCAGAUGAUCACGUCGCACACGAGUUUCAGCAAAGCACUAGUCGGUUAGACUGCUUGUUGGAGCGUGUGCAAGAUCGAGUUUGUCCAAGAAGAGUACCGCUAAAUGACUCUUCCAUGAUGUUUUCUUCGAUUUACACUAUGAAAAGCCUACCCAGCACCUCCUCAAUUGUAUAAUUUUUUUUGGAAUAUACGUAAUGGCGCAAAAAAGUCCAGUGGUCCAAGACGGGAGGUUAAUAUUCCAAUCUACCUAGUAGCGCACGACCUUAUUUUCGUGAAGACGGUGGCCCCACACUAUUACAUUUGUUGGGAGAUCAUGAAACUGUUUCGAACUUUUAACUGUAUUUGUUUUGGUUCAGGCGGUACAAAGCAAAAAUGAAUCCGUCUCGCAAUACUGAGCAGCUGCAGAAGUAAAGCGGCAGUUUGUCCUCGUAGCCACCUCGAGCACGUGUUCCGGUCUCCUGUUGAAAUCGUUUUUCCUCCAAUUUUGUUUGAAAAGCCGCAUCUUCCCUGCGCCAGAAGAAUGUCGAGCGCUGAACUAGAAUUGCGUAUUUUCAAUAGCACGUCGCAGCGGUUUGUAAAUACUGUCUUACGAUCCACCACUACAUCAAAAA